AUGCGCCCCAUGCCUCGCUGGAUCACUGCGCUCGCCACUCUACCGGGUACCGACGUUGUUCUUAGUGGCAGCUGGGACGGUUUCAUCCGCGCAUGGCGCGUCUCAGAAGAUAAAAAGACCCUUAUCGCUCUGGGUCCCAUCGGUGCAGGCUCACCUGGUACCUUCACACCACCAGACACGCCUUCGCAGCAACUCAAACAGACUCUUGCUCUUGAUGCCACCCCUACGGCUGAUGAAAAAGAGCCAGAGCCUUUGAUUAAGGGUGUCAUCAAUGACAUCGCGGUGUUCGAACGACGCCCUGAAUCUGAUAUGCCUGGUGCUGAAUCAAAAAGGUCCGAGACCGCGCACGAACCUCGUGGUUUGUCUAUCGUCGCCGCUGUCGGCAAGGAGCACCGAUUGGCUCGCUGGAAGUGCUUCACCAACAAUUUCCAUGAAGGCCCCACUUCGGGAGGCCGCAAUUGUGCUGUUGUCUUCGAAGUUCCAUUCGCUACUAAUGACACCGUGAAGGCUGAUGUAUAA